GAGCCGCCGGAGCCCGGCACGCACUCACAAUCCCCGGAGCCCGACGAGGAGGAAACACGAGAAAAAAAAAUUAAAUUAAAAAAUGGAUCCUCAGUCCUGCGCCUGCUCUAAAACGGGCUCUUGCAGUUGCGGAGACAGCUGCAAAUGCACGGAUUGCAAAUGCAAAGGCUGCAAGAAAAGCUGCUGCGCGUGCUGCCCGUCCGGCUGCGGCAAGUGCGCCUCCGGCUGCGUGUGCAAGGACGGCAAGUGCGGCGCGAGCUGCUGUCAGUGAGCACCUCGCCCUUCGUUUUCCCUCUUGUAUAACUGCACUUGAGAAUCUGGAAAUGUAAUGUUUUGUACGUCCUUUUGCUUUAGAAAAUAAAAAGAUGUCGUUGAUUGCGUU